AUGGCUAUCCGUGUCACCCUGCUGCUCAAGAGGAAACCCGGGAUGACCCGGGCGCAAUUCAAUGAAUACUGGGGGACACACCACGCACGGAUAUUCACCGGGCUGAAGGCUGUAAGGGCUAACCUCGUUCGCUAUAACCAAUUUCAUAUUCUUCCGGAGGAGUCCAACUGUCUUGCGAAUGUCGGAUGGCGGGCGGCACCAUACGAUGGUGCCGCUGAUUUCUUUGUGGAGAAGCUCGAAGAUUUAUUGUCUUUAUUCGGCGGUGAAGAGUACCAGAAGGCUGCUGUGCCGGACGAGGUCCAAUUUCUUGAUAGAGGAUCAGUAGAAGUCCUCGUAGGAAGAGAUCAAGUAAAGUACUCAAAGGAGACGCCCUAG